UAACUUCAACAGAGAAAUGAAAGCCUUUGUAAAACAAAGGCAGCGAGAGAUUUCCCGUCAUCUGACUCCAACAGUACAAGCCUACAUGAAACCAGCUUAUACAGUUUGUGCAAAGAUAACAGGCCAAGGCUGUUUGCAGAAAAUGACAAAACAUAUAUGCAAGUUCAUUCGGAAGAAAAAAACGAUAAUAUUUAACUCAGUUGGCCACACGCUAACAAAACAAUUAACACUUCUCCAGAUAGAGAUACAGAAGAAAAUUAAGUUAAAGAUGAGGGAUCUGCACAAAUCACUGAAUGUUCAGUUUGAGCCUCUGUUGAACUGUAUGAAGAAAAACGAAGUGAUUAUUCAUGAACUGAUACGUAUUUACGACCAAGUUAGUGAAAUAUGUCAAAAUUCUAAUACCGAAUUCAAACUUGAUGAUCUAAAUGAAGAAGACGAGGAAUGUUUACCCUCUACAUCAGGGACUGCAAAAAGUAACACUUGUACAAAAGAGCUACUUAAUGAUCUAAACGAAGAAGAUGAGGGAUGUUUACCCUCUACAUCAGGGACUGCAAAAAGUAACACUUGUAAAAAAGAGCUACUUAAUGAUCUAAACGAAGAAGAUGAGGAAUGUUUACCCUCUACAUCACGGACUGCAAAAAGUAACACUUGUACAAAAGAACUACAUCAUCGUGAGGGAAUAUGUGGCACGGAUAAUUAUGAUGGUAAUACCUUUCUGAAGAUCUGCCACAGCCCUACACAGACAUACCAGAAACCAGAAACCACUGUUGCAGUAACACCAUCUUUGGGGUCAUCACUCUCUUCCACAUGUUACAAGUACACGCCCUCAACAUCUUUUGACAUGAGCUUACAUCGACCUAGUCUGAAGAGAGGAUCAUGUCCCUGGCAAAUUCCACCAGUGUCUAGUAAAAUAAAAAUAACUUCACAAGGUCCACAAACAACUGCUCUGGAAGCACAUAAAACCAUCUGCAGCUCAGAAGAUAAACAAGAAGCUAAUUCCAGUGGAGUUCAGACCAGUAAUCAGACUGACAUGCAUCCAACUUCUGCAGCAGCGCCACCACAGAAAAAGCCUGGAAGCAGUGAUUUUGAAAAACUAAGUCCAAAGAAUGAAAAUAAGGAAUGAAAUGCGGAACAAAGAGCCUCCAGUAUUGUUUUUGUGCUGUUUAUGUUAUGUACUAUCGUGUGAAAAAAUAUAUUUUGCUAUUUAGGUGUCUCCAUGACAAAUACAUUUAUCAGUACAAAUGCCAGAAAACCUUGUCAUUUAAAAUGACGUACCAGAAUAUCUGCACAAGACUUCAGACUGUCAGAAUAUAAUCUGAAAUAAAAGUACAACUUCUGGAUUCUGCGCCCUUUGUAUAGUUAAACAGUGCAGAAUUUAUUUGUACUUGUACUUGUUUACUUUUAGUGCAGGUCUGUGCUGUAGAUUAGGUUUUAUGUUUGAUGCCACUAGCAGAAUUUGGUACAAGUGUUAGCCUUUAUAACUUUCUAAAAACAAGUAAUCUCCAUGGUAUUCCCAAAGUCUCAAAACAGCCCACUAAACAAGUGUACUGGGUCCAGAAACAAAACAGUGUAAGAAGCAUC